UGAAGUCACUGUUUUUUUGAGUUAGCAGAAAGUUUUUAAGCCUGAAGACAUCUGACGUCUUGUGGUGCAUGUCAGACCCAGGAUGGAUUCUGGCUACUGUGGGGAGCCUGAUCGAACCAUGGACAUCAGGAGCCACACUCUUCAUCCACCACCUCCCUCAGUUCGACCCCAAAGUCAUUGUAGAGGCAUUGUUCAAAUACCCCAUCACUCAAUGCCUUGCUGCCCCAGCCGUGUAUCGAAUGGUUCUUCAGCAGAAAAUCUCUAAUCUCAGGUUCCCCACCCUGGAGCACUGCACAACUGGUGGGGAGAGCCUGCUGCCUGAGGAGUAUGAGCAGUGGAAGCAAAGGACAGGCCUCCUCAUUCAUGAGGUCUACGGACAGUCAGAAACGGGGAUCAGCUGUGCCACCCUCCGGGAAAUGAAGAUCAAGCGAGGCUCCAUAGGGAAGGCCAUUUUACCCUUUGACAUACAGAUCAUCGAUGAAAAGGGCAACAUCCUCCCACCGAACACUGAAGGAUACAUUGGCUUCAGGAUCAAGCCCACCAGGCCUCUAGGCCUCUUUGUGGAAUAUGAGAAUAGUCCCGAGAAGACAUCUGAAGUGGAGUGUGGGGAUUUUUACAAUACUGGGGAUAGAGCGACCAUUGAUGAAGACGGUUACUUCUGGUUCUUGGGGAGGGGCGAUGAUGUCAUCAAUGCUUCCGGGUACCGCAUCGGGCCUGCAGAGGUGGAGAAUGCCCUGCUGGAGCACCCAGCGGUGGCAGAGUCUGCGGUGGUGAACAGCCCGGACAAGGAACGAGGAGAGGUGGUGAAGGCAUUUAUUGUCCUCACCCCAGAGUUCCUGUCACAUGAUCAAGAACAGCUUAUCAAAGAGCUACAGCAGCAUGUGAAGUCAGUGACAGCACCAUACAAGUACCCCAGGAAGGUGGAGUUUGUUUCAGAAUUGCCCAAAACCAUCACUGGCAAGGUCAAAAGGAAGGAUCUUCGAAAGAAGGAGUUCGGUCAGAAAUGAACGGCAAUCAACCCAGAGCAUCCUGUGUCCUGAAUCCUUGGCUUUUGGGGGUGGGAUGAGGUGGGGUGAGGAUGGAAUGCAGGAAGGGUAAGUGUGGAAGAGAGAACCAAGACCUCAACAUUUUUGCUUUUUUUUUUUUUUAAUUCAGUUGCUAACCUUCCUGGAAGUCCACAGUGCACUUCCAGGCUGUUUGUGGGCAAUAAAAACACUGAUUUGAAAAAGCA